AUGUCAACAACAAUGUCGCGACCCACGACUCGCAUGAACGAGUACUUUGUGCCCCGUGAUGGCAUCGACCGUGAAGUAAUCUCUGCUGAUAUCUGCCGCUAUCUGGGCAAUGAUGCUUUGGUGCGACCUGGUCACUAUGAGAACCCCCAAACUGGCCAACCCGUCCAGGGUUACUAUAUUACGGCGUACCGCAACUUGACGACCGCCAUGAUUGAGGAUCUCAAGGCCGACUCGGCUCGGUGGGACAGGGAACGCCGCGCCCAGACCGCGCGUAACAGCAGCGGAGGUAUCAGCGCCUCGAGAUAUGCCAAUUCUGGUGCCCCUAGACCGAGAUCUAACUCUCCUCCAGUCCAGAACUAUCCCAAUGAUGCUUAUGCCGGUGGCCACCCUGGAUCAGCUGUCCCACCACCUCAGCAACCUGUAUAUGCUUCCAACCAGCCUGUCCCACAAGGAUAUCCCGCCCCCAACUACCCAUAUCCUAACCAGGCUCCUGCGGGCGGUAUGGCGUACGCUACACAGCCUCAGGACCCCUUCUUCGGCCGAGGUGCGUCUCCCAACAAAAACCACCCCAAGCCUUCAUCCAGUUUGAAUUCGCUCGUCUGA